CUGGUUGAGUGUGUGAAGAACAAAGACUUAAAGAAGCUGCAGGAGCUGCACCUGAAGGGAGCCGACCUCACCUCACUCGACUCGUCCGGCUGCAGUUUACUUCAUCACGCUGCCAGUGCAGGAAGCAAAGAGAUGGUCCGCUACAUCCUCGACAACGCUCCAAGUGAUCUGCUGGACGUUACAGAAAAACUGCAGGGGGAGACGGUCCUUCACCGAGCUGCGUCCCUGUGUCAAAGAACUAUCUGUCAUUAUCUGGUUGAAGCAGGAGCCUCGCUCAUGAAGACAGACCUACAGGAGGAGCUGUGCCGGCUGCAAACGGAGAACCAGCUGAAGGAGGAGGUGAAGGAGGUGCUGCAGGCGCUGGAGGAGCUCGCCGUCAACUACGACCAGAAGAGCCAAGAGGUGGAGGAGAGCGAUCAGACCAACCUGCAGCACAAGACGAGUCAAAGGGGAACGGAGGAAUCAAAGGAGGAGUCCACCGUCAGCAAGGUCAAGUCUGAGGUCAAGUCUCUGGUGAACCGCAGCAAACAGCUGGAGAGCACGCAGGCCGACGCCCACACAAACAUUCAGGCCAAUGACAAGGAGACAUGAUGGAGACGAGGACAUCAAGGAGCUGCACCUGAAGGGAGCAAAGAGAUGGUCUGCCACAUAUUCACCACAUUGAAUAAGGACUGAAAACUACAAGACACAACAAUAAACUAAUACAAGUUGUUGCUAAUGCUAA